AUGAAUCCGUAUCGCAGCAGUAGAACGUUGGGUGGAAAGUCCAAAAAGCAUAAAUGCAAGCGAAAUCAAAAGAAACCGUCGAUUAAAAUCAAAGAAGAAGUCGAUGUCAAACAAGAACCAAGCGAUAGCGCUUAUUUGAUUCAACACACACCGUCAUCGCCCCAAGCAACACCGAAUGGAGUCAUCAAGUCAGAGAGCGAGAGCGAUAGUGAGAUCGAUUUGGAAAGCAAGCUGAAUUAUGUGAAUAAAGAAAUCAAAAGCGAAGAUGAAUUGAAGAGCGACACGGCGAAGGAUGGAAAUGGAAUGGCAAAUGAUGAUCAGAUUGGUGAAAGCUCAAGUGCUUCAAAACGAAAUUCAAAUAAGAAACAACGCAAAGAAGGUCGUUCAAAACGGAAGAAGUCAAAAGGUUCAAAAAAUGACAGAAUGGCCAAACCUUCAAAGAAGCCGUCCGUGAAGCAUGGGAAAAAACACAAAUUCACUUUCUGCAAUUAUGUGACAUCGCAAAAAGGAAGUCUCACAGUGCACAUUCGUACCCACACCGGCGAAAAGCCGUUCGCAUGUGAAAUAUGUGGCAAGGCUUUUUCAGACAAAAGUAGUUUCAAUCGACAUAAGAGAACUCAUGCUCCAAAAUUUCCAUUUUGUUGUUCGAAGUGUCGUCGAGGUUUUGCACAUGAAAUCGAUAAAAUCAACCACGAAAGCGAAUGCAAGCAUCCUCAAUAUCAGUGUCAUUUUUGCAAGAAAAGCACUUUUCGAUUGGUGAAUCUUAAGAAACACAUGCGAAUCCACAAUGGUGAGAGACCAUUCAGAUGCCGCAUUUGUACCAAAACAUUUGCACACAAAAUUAGUCUCAACGUUCAUUCACGCACCCACAUUAAAGAACUUCUAUUUGAUUGCGCACAAUGUGGCCGACGGUUCGCCAAUGAAAACGAGAAACAAUCGCAUGAGGAUCAUUGCAAAGGCCGACGAUACGAUUGUUAUCUUUGCCCAUACAAAUUUUUUCGCAAAAGCCAAUUGAAGCAGCACAUGCAAGUCCAUCACACUGGCGAAAAACGAUUCAAAUGUGGUGUUUGCGGAAAAAAAUGUCUUCACAAAGGUUAUAGCAAUACUGAAAAAGGUCUGAAAUGUAUAUUCUUGAAAACUCUUAAAAAU